AUGGCUCUUUCUGCACCUAGUACCGAUCCAGCAGUUCUGAUCGCUCAAGAAACCAGCGAUGAGUACAUCUUCCGUACUUUUACCAGUGAGACUGCCUGGACCCUGGGCACCGCUCUCCGUGAACGCCUUCUUUCCCUGCCCUCUAAUCAGCGCAAACCGGCCCUGAUCUCCAUCGCUCUGGCCACGGCCACCAGCGGAGGAACCCCGCUCCAUGUCGUUUUCCAGAGUGCGACAGAAAAUGGGACGAUUCCCGAUAAUGAGAACUGGGUGCGGCGGAAGCGGAACACCGUUCUUCGCUGGGGUGUGUCGAGCUGGGCUAUGCGCAUGAAGACGGUGUCCGGGCUGGCGACCGGCGCAACAGCCAAUGAAAUCGAAGAGGCGUUUGUCAAAAAAUAUGCCCUGGCCAGCUCCAAUGGUGGGGCCGUCGCAGAUGAGUAUGCUAUUCACGGUGGUGGGUUCCCCAUACGUGUGCGCGGGGUGGAGGGCAUUGUCGCGGUGGUGGUUGUCAGCGGCCUCAAACAGGAGGACGAUCAUGCGGUGGUAGCCGAGACGAUCAAGGAGAUUAUCGCGCAAGGAAAUUAG